AGUGGAGUGCAAGAGGCGAGAAGGAAGCUCAUAUGCUUCACUGCCUCGAGUAUUUUUUAUGUUGCAUGGACAGGUGGCGCUGCUUUCCAUUCAGCUUUGUUAAUCGUCUCAAUAAGAAACAAAUCUGAUCUCACCCCAAAUACAAAGCGGUAAGGACGGGUCUUCAAAGUCAGUCAUUACUAUUAUCUGUUAGGGGAAAUUCAAAACUCUACGCCCUGGCUCGUGGAUUCUACUGACAAGUGUGUUCCUCUUAUGUAUUAAUUUCUCCGUAAACUGAAUCGUGACUUGAGAGAUGUCAGCUUCGGGGUUCACUAAUCUGAACUCUUCUGCCGGCUACUGCUCAAACCCGACACCGAAUGGAGGAGCUGCUUCCCCGUAUCAGAAUGGACCAGCCCAGACUUACUCUUCAAUGCUUCCACCGACGACUGGUUAUAGUGUGCCUCAGCAGAACUAUACCUCCGUCCCGGGACACUACGUCCAGAUUCCCAACAAAGCCCCAGCGAUGACCAAUCAGUACGGCACUAACUAUUACCACAACAGCCACCAGCAACCUCUGCAGCCCACUGCCACCCCAGGCCAGCAAACAUCUGUAUAUGGAGUGCCUCAGGGUCCUCCUCAACCCUACAGCGGUGCCAGGCCUCCUCCUUCUGCCUCUCCUCAUGCCUCCAUUUCCUCUUCUGCCUCCAUGAAUCCCGCUCCUUACUACCAGCCUGCCGUUUACCCAACUUCAUACUACAGACCAUAUACCACCUCAUCUCAGGGACUUCCACCACAAUCAGGGGUGGUGACUGUGCCCAACACUGCAAAUGCCACCUCGUACCCUAGUGUCUCGUAUCCUGCUGCACCAGGGAGCAGUCAGUAUGGCACAAUACACUCCUCUUCUUGCCAGCCCAAUGCCCCACCUUCUCACAGCAUGCAGGCUGCCCCCCAGAUAUCUACGCAACAGGGCCCUUUGAGAAACAAUGCUUCCCCUGUCCCUGUUGGAUCUGUAUCUGCUGGCUACAGCGCCACAUUUCCUGCCACCAAAUCCGCUGUCAAUGGCCAGGCAAAUGCAGCACCAGUUCCUCCUGUUGCACAGCAGAAUGACCAAAGCCAUCAUCCGGCAGGAAUCCAUGCAUUUGGAAGAACCCAUCCCAAUACUGACAGCCCGGCCACAGACAGGCCAGGCUCUGGGACACCCUCUACACCCAUGGGCUCUUCUCCAGCCCACCAACCAAGUAAGAAAGGCAUGCACUACGGAUAUGUUGGUAAUAGUCAAGUUAGCUCUGCUGCAGCGCCCUUGUCAUCGAGCUCUGAUGAUGAUGAGGAGGAGGAGGAGGAUGAGGAAGCAGGUGCAGACAGCUCCUCAACCACCAGCAGCGCAUCUCCAGUUCCAAAUAACUAUGAGGCCUUGGAAGGGGGGAGCUACCUAGACUCGUCUUCUAUGUCAGCCCACAACCCACCUGUUUCCCAUGCUUCCAAGGCUGCUAAGCCCUUUGGCUAUGGCUAUCCCACACUACAGCCAGGCUACCAGCAGAGCCCAAUGUCCAGAUCAGACUCCAUUCCCUCUCAGACAACUGGCUUGUGUCCACCUGGAUACCAGCAGUUUUCACAGCCAUGUCCCACAAUGAACCAGCUUUCAGCAGCUCUUGGGGGGCUGAGUCUGCCAGAACAGCAGCUGGAAGGGCUGAGGCCGGUGAACCUGCUGCAGGAGAGGAAUGUUCUGCCCAGUGGACCUGUACAAGCUCCUUUGCCAAACCUCAGUGCAGACUUGAAGAAAAAAAACUGCAGUGCAAAUACCUUCAGAUGUACACUGACAAACAUCCCUCAGACCCAAGCGCUGUUAAACAAAGCCAAACUGCCUCUGGGAUUGCUUCUUCAUCCCUUUAGAGAUCUAACGCAAUUACCCGUCAUAACCUCCAACACGAUUGUGAGGUGUCGAUCUUGUCGCACAUACAUUAACCCUUUUGUGACCUUCCUUGACCAAAGGAGGUGGAAAUGCAACCUGUGCUACAGAGUCAAUGAUGUUCCAGAUGAGUUUAUGUAUAAUCCCCUGACUCGGUCAUAUGGUGAACCUCAGAAACGACCAGAGGUACAGAACUCAACUGUAGAGUUCAUAGCAUCUUCAGAUUAUAUGCUGCGUCCUCCUCAGCCUGCCGUCUACCUGUUUGUCUUAGACGUGUCGCAUAAUGCAGUGGAAGCUGGCUAUGUGAAAGUACUGUGUCAAUCACUGCUUGAAAACCUGGACAAGCUGCCUGGCGAUACCCGGACAAGAGUGGGGUUUAUAACCUUUGACAGCACUAUUCACUUUUAUAACCUGCAGGAGGGCCUGUCACAGCCUCAGAUGCUUGUGGUUUCAGAUAUUGAAGAUAUCUUUUUACCUACACCUGACAGUUUAUUAGUAAAUCUCAAGGAUAGUAAAGAGCUGGUGAAGGACUUGCUUAACGCUCUGCCCAACAUGUUCACCCACACCAGAGAGACGCACAGUGCUUUGGGUCCUGCUUUGCAGGCUGCCUUCAAGCUCAUGUCCCCAACAGGAGGACGGGUCUCUGUAUUCCAAACACAGCUGCCUUCUUUAGGGGCUGGACAGUUGCACUCCAGAGAAGACCCCAACCAAAGAUCUAGUACCAAGGUUGUGCAACACUUAGGACCAGCAACAGACUUUUACAAGAAAUUAGCAUUAGACUGCUCUGGACAACAGAUUGCAGUGGACCUUUUCCUUUUGAGCUCACAGUAUUCUGAUCUGGCAUCAUUAGCUUGUGUAUCUAAAUAUUCAGCUGGAAGCAUCUUUUACUAUCCAUCUUUCCAUCACAUACACAAUCCUGCCCAAACAGAGAAAUUUCAGAAAGACAUCCAGAGAUACUUAACCAGAAAGAUUGGCUUUGAGGCAGUAAUGAGAAUCAGAUGUACCAAAGGACUUUCUAUCCACACAUUUCAUGGGAAUUUCUUUGUCCGUUCUACUGAUCUGCUGUCCCUGGCAAAUGUUAAUCCAGACUCUGGCUUUGCUGUGCAAAUGUCAAUUGAAGAAAGCCUAGCCGACACAUCUUUAGUUUGCUUUCAGGCAGCCCUUCUGUACACUUCCAGCAAAGGCAAGAGAAGAAUUCGGGUGCACACAUUGUGUUUGCCUGUUGUGAAUUCGCUGAAUGAUGUCUUUGCUGGGGCUGAUGUUCAAGCCAUCACGUGCCUUUUGGCAAAUAUGGCUAUCGACCGAUCUGUGUCUUCCAAUCUGUCGGAUGCACGGGAUGCACUGGUAAAUGCAGUGGUGGAUUCUCUGGCUGCAUACCGGUCCACUACCUCCAACCUCCAGCAGAACAGCCUCAUUGCUCCUGCCUCACUGCGACUCUUCCCCCUCUAUGUCUUAGCACUGCUCAAACAGAAAGCCCUGAGGACAGGCACUAGCACACGUCUGGAUGACCGGGUUUUUGCUAUGUGCGAAUUCAAAAGUCAGCCCCUGCAGCAAAUAAUGCGCUUGAUUCAUCCUAACCUAUACAGAAUAGACAAUCUGUCUGAUGAGGGCGCGCUUCAUGUUAAUGACAGCAUUGUGCCCCAGCCUUCUAUUCUCCAACUCACUGCAGAGAAGCUGACAAGAGAAGGGGCUUUUCUCAUGGAUUGUAGCACAGUUCUUUACUUAUGGGUGGGUAAAUGCUGUGACGAGUCCUUUAUUAGAGAUGUGUUGGGCUGUCAGAAUCAUGCUUCAAUCCCACAGAAUAUGGUAAGUGGAUUGUACAUAGGUGCAUGCACAAUAUAACCAAUAACGCAUUCUGUUUUCCCUGACAUCUGUAAUCGACUCUAGUGUUGAUGAAAUCCUGCAUGUUGGUCCGUUUUGACUACUGGGCAUUUGCUACUUUCAGAAAUUAAAAGGCUGGAUGCCAAGCCAGGUCUAUGAGGCCGAUGGGUCAGCAAGUCCUACCCAUAACCCCAUAAACACAGUGCUGUUAGCAGUAUGUGACCUGGCAUUAUCAUGCAGCCAGAACUGAUGUAUCAAAUGUAGCAGAGCCAGAUUUUUUAAAUUUGAUUUGCUUUGGCACUCAGCAGGCACACACUGUGGUAUUCCAGCAGAAGCAGUUAUGCAUAUUUCCCAGGGAACUCCUGAGUUUGUUUACCCAUGACCACAGGCUUCAUAACAUCUUUCUUCUCUAAUCAUUAAGCACCUCUAAUCAUUAAGCACAGGAAAUUUUAUUUUCAGUGGUGAUUCUGUGAAAGCACCCAGGGCAUUGUACGUCAUGAAUAUUUGUCCUUCUAUUUGUCAACCGCGGAGCGGUGGCUCUGUGGUUAAGGAUCUGCGCCUGUGGCUGGAAGGUUGCCGGUUCGUAUCCCGCGGCC